AUGGAAGUUAAAAAUCAUCUUGAAGUCGGAAUCCCAGAAAUAAUGCUGAAUUCAGGUCACAAAAUGCCGGUAAUUGGGUUUGGAUGCGCGAUUCUACCGCCUUUACCACUAGAGGAAGAGGUGAGAAUAUUCAUUCAAGCCAUGGAGAAUGGUUACCGGCACUUCGAUUCUGCGUCGUUUUAUGGCUCCGAGGAGGCUCUUGGUGAAGCCAUAGCUAAAGGCUUGGAGAUUGGAUUGAUUAAGGUUAGGGAUGAAUUGUUCAUCGCUUCUAAACUUUGGGUCACCGACAAUUACUAUGACCUUGUUCUUCCGGCCAUCAAAACCACUCUCCGUAAAUUAAGGUUGGAGUAUUUGGACCUUUACUUGGUUCACUGA